ACGGCGACGGCUUCCGGAGCAGCUCAUGCACUCUGGGGGUGUGGGGAUCGGCUUCCUCGGGUCCUGCGGCGGACCUCUGCUUUUCACCCGCAAUGAGCUUCCUCAAGAGCUUCCCGCCGCCUACGUCGGAAGACGGGCUCCGGCUGCAGCAGCCGGACACCGAGGCCGUGCUGAACGGGAAGGGGCUCGGCACCGGCACCCUUUACAUCGCGGAGAGCCGCCUGUCUUGGUUAGAUGGUUCUGGAUUAGGAUUCUCACUGGAAUACCCCACCAUUAGUUUACAUGCGGUUUCCAGGGACCUAAGUGCUUAUCCUCAGGAGCAUUUGUAUGUUAUGGUGAAUGCCAAAUUUGGAGAAGAAUCAAAAGAAUCUGUCUCUGAUGAAGAUGAGGAAGACAGUGAUAAUGAUGUUGAACCUAUUACUGAAUUUAGAUUUGUGCCCAGUGAUAAGUCAGCACUGGAGGCGAUGUUCACUGCAAUGUGUGAAUGCCAAGCCUUGCAUCCAGAUCCUGAGGAUGAAGACUCUGAUGAUUAUGAUGGAGAAGAGUAUGAUGUGGAAGCACAUGAACAAGGACAGGGGGACAUCCCUACAUUUUAUACCUAUGAAGAAGGAUUAUCCCACUUAACAGCGGAAGGGCAAGCCACACUGGAGAGAUUAGAAGGGAUGCUUUCUCAGUCUGUGAGCAGCCAGUAUAAUAUGGCAGGAGUCCGGACAGAAGAUUCAGUAAGAGAUUAUGAAGAUGGCAUGGAAGUAGAUACCACACCGACUGUUGCUGGGCAGUUUGAGGAUGCAGAUGUUGAUCACUGAAGAUGAUGUAUGCUGCCAUACAAUUCUCUCAUAACGGCAGGCGAGAACUUGGUGCCUCUUCCACUCCAGAGUGGGGCUGGUGAAAGGCUUUUUCCUUCUCCAAAACUCACUUUUCAAGACAGACUGUCAUGAGACAGCAAGCUCAUUACCAACAGAAGAGACUGUGACCUUUAUCAACAAAGGUGAAUUAACUGAGCGGGUAUUUCUAGUUCUCAUUUACCCCCAAACUUCCUGUCUAGGUGUCUUCUGAGUAGGCCUCUAAUUCCUGCCUCUGCUGUGUGCACAUCUGUCAGCCGGAAGGCUUCCAUGGUGAAAUGUACAGAGCUCACACUGUAUAGACUGGGAGAGAAAGAGAUGCUGAAGCUUAGAUGUCUCUCUGGGGGUUUAAAAGAACUCUCAUCCUAAGAUGGGAAGUACAGCCCUCAGUGGGGAAAGUCUCUAGCAUCUCCACAGAGGCAUGGGUCCUUUACUUCAGGCUAACUCUAGGUCACCUAUGGGGAACCUCAGCCACACCUCACCAGGACACGAGACUUCUCUGCUGACUUCUGUUCUUCCUCCUCAUCCCAGUCUGCUCUGUUCCCUUCUCCCAGCUUAGGUCCUUGACUGUCUACUCUCCUAGUUUUCUGUAACACAAUAAAUAAUCUGUAAUGAAGUCUGCAAAGAACGCUUAAUGAUGUUUUGUCUUUGUAAUAGUUAACAAAUAAAUCUAGGUUUUCUAUA